AUGGCUUCUGCUGGUGCUUCUUCUUCUUCCAUGCUCUUCUGCUAUCAUUGCAAGUCGUUGACGACAACCUUCACGAACGGAUGGCAGCUUCGCAGUGGCAGUUUCGCUCAGCUCUGUCACCGAUGCGGCGCUCUUUAUGCAAAUGGAGUAUUUUGUGAGAUAUAUCACGUGAAAUCUGAUGGUUGGAGAAACUGUGCGGCAUGCAAUAAGGUGGAAAUUGUGUACAUGUCCGUGAAUGGUUGUCGUCCCAAGGAUGAAUCAUCUGUUGGCUCUGAAGAACCAGUGACAGGCUUGAGGUGCGUCUCUGCGUGGUGAAAUGUUGACCGUUCGAUUAAGACUGAGGACACUCUGG